GAAGGAAAAAUGAAAUUUGGUAAUGCACAAAUUUCAUCGGUCAGUCACGUCUUAAAAGAUAAAUACUUUUAGAAAUCGGUAUGGCUACAACCGAUCGUUUGCAUAAUAACAAAAAGAGAUAAAGUUAAAGCCACAAACAUGGCCUUCGCCGACCUAAGCCUUAUGAAGCCCUUGUCCAAGAUCAUCCUCUUCCUCUGCCUCGUUCUCAUUUUCACUUCUUCACUCGGCUUCUGCAAACCCACACUUGACAAAGACCCGACCCCAACCCCAUGGCCGCUCCAAUUCCACUCCAUCCUGGUGAUGAACUAUAGUGGAAUUCUGCAGGUAAUCGACCUCUGGUACGACUGGCCCAACGGAAGAAACUUCAACAUAAUUCAGCACCAGCUUGGCAAUGUCCUCUAUGAUCUUGAGUGGAAUAAUGGCACUUCCUUCUUUUACACCCUCGAUUCCUUCAAAACCUGCAGUAGUGCACACCUUGAGGUUGGGAUUUUACGCCCCAACUGGCUAGAGGGUGCUACGUACUUGGGUCAGCAACACGUAGAUGGGUUCCUUUGCAAUGUGUGGGAGAAGGUGGAAUUUAUCUGGUAUUUUGAGGAUGUUGUCACUAAGAGGCCCGUUCAUUGGGUCUUCUACACGGGGAGGGAGGCACAUGUGAUGACAUUUGAUGUGGGAGCAGUUCUUGAGGAUUCCAAGUGGCAAGCCCCCGUCUACUGCUUUCACAACACCACCGCCUCAACUGAUUCCACUACCCACGGAUUGCUGGAUGGAGUUCUCAAAGGAUUUAAGUUUAGGGUUUGAUGGAGGAGGAAUGGAGGACGAGAAAUUCUAUGGAAGGUCAACAUGAGGAUGCAGAAGCUUAAAGCGUGCAUGAAGAAAUUUAAGCCCACUUCAAAGUUGGUACUUCUCCAUGCUGAAUUCAACUGCUACAUUGUUGAAAGUUGUCUAUUUCACUAAAUAGUUCGAUAUCUCAUCUACUUAAAACAUUUCAGGCCCAACGUGCUGAUUAUUUGCAUUGUCCAUUGUCAGCUGUGCAGCUUUGAAGGAAAAUUUAAAUGUGUUUUGUUCUUUGCAUUUGAAGGAAAAACUAUGUUCAACGUGUUUGAUUAUUUGCAUUGUUUUAUCACCGUCUUUUGCUUCUUUCUUGUUUUAUUUGAAUUUGAAGGAAAAAACUAUGUUCUAUGUGUCUGCUCUAAUUUGUAAAUUUAACAUUGUUGUAAGUUAACCCAUCAUUAGUAAUAAUAUUCUUAUUUUAGCAACUCAAUAUAUAGGCACUGCAUUCGCCUAAGACUCUUCUACCUCUAAUUUGAUUGGUUGCCUGAAGGUAAAAAGCAGAUAUCAAUGCCACUUUGUCAAUUGCUCUCAGCCUCAUUUUGCAUAUAAAUUACCCUCUUUAAGAAAGCUUUUAUUCAGAACAAGUUCUUUAGAUGUUAAAUUAGGCUUACAAAGAUUGUACGUGUUAUGUGUACUUCACUACUUCGUUUCUCGCAAGGUAAGUAGCUGUGGCUUCAAUGACGCAUAUAAUCCAAUUUAUACCUUAUUUUGGUGAAUAACUUGUUAAUUUUCCAUUUCAUUAAUCUGCAGUCUGAUGCAGAAGGUAAGAUAAGAGCAAAUACAUAUUUGAGGAGCAGGAAGUGUCUGUAUAUAUAAACUCACUGAUCUUUCAUUAAAGAAGCAUCACGUGUACAGAAGCAUUUGUUCUUUAUCUGUCACUACUUGAUCUACCUGGUAAUCUCUUCCUACUCCAACUUAAAUAUAACUGAUAUUACUUUCUACGUAAAAGAACUAACAGUUUGUGUGAAGUUAUAUUAUUUGCUUGUAAACGUAAUUUAUCAUGGAUCAACUCAAAUGAUGUGUAACUAUCAAUAUUAUUUUCGGUAUGACAAAGGUACCUUUAAUGUCUGUUUUAUGGUGUAUGAAAA